AACCGCGCACACGCGAGAGCCAUCGAGCCUAGCCACUGGAUUGCGGCAUGCGGAGAGGGUUAGAAUCGGGUGUCGCUAUCACUGCCGACGGAAUCACUUCUCCAUUGCCGCUCAGCACCGGUGACCCGAUCCCGGGCGUUCGAGUGUGGGUGCGGGGCAUUCUGGGGGAAAAUCUAGGUGUGUGAGUCCUUAGGGCGAUAGAAAUUUCUCACCAUCGUUGAACACCACCAUGAA